CCUUAUUUUGUUACAGGGAUAAUAGCUUGAUAACUGAAUUGACAGACUCCCACUUGUAUUCCUCAACGAACGCCGAGUGUUAAUAUAUUACCCAAAAAACACAGACAUCAGUUUGAGAAUCAGGUCGUGAAGGCUGAUAUGUGACGUACAAGAUCCAUCGGUUCAUGGCUUUCCAGAUGAGAACAUUCUUAUAUGUAGCGUUUGUUGUUGGAUAUGUGUCCCUUAGUUUCAUUGCUGGAUUAUGCAGGAAGAUCGUUGGAUCUCCAGUUGGGAAGUUUAGUAUCUUUGACUUCUUGUAUGGUGGUUCUGGGACACUAGUAUGUGUUGUAAAAGAGAGUGUCAAAUUAUAUGUUAACAACAUCAGAACAACUCAUGUUGAGUUAGCAAGAAAAAAAGCAGUUGAAUCUUCACUAGCCGAUGCACGCUCACAAGGCAUUGAAAGCAAAGCUGCAGCCAAGCAAGCCGAGAAAGCUGGAGACAAAGCAGCCAAAAUAGCUGACAAGAACGCCAAUCGAAUAUUAGGACCUAUUGUUUCUUCUGGAUGGGAUCUUUUUGAAGUCAUUUACUACCAAGGGUAUGUGACCGAAGGCGCUCUAAGGGGUGCAGGGACAUUGGUUGGGACAUAUAUUCUUGGGUUCCUAGGGGAGGAAAAGUUUGGAAGAUUUGGAUAUUUGGUUGGAAGCACAUUGGGUAGUUGGAUUGGGGGGAAAAUUGGGCUUAUGUCUUAUGAGGUUGCUAAUGGCAUACAUUUCGUGCUUCGCAUGGGUCGAACGAAGUAAGACGUACUAAAUAUUCAACAAAGAACUUCAAAAUCAUUAGCUGGAAGCUAGAACCAUGUUAUAGUGUCUGCAGAAAAUACACAUAAUGGGUCUCAAAUUCAUCUAAAAUAAGACUAGGAUUGCAUUUUCUACUCUGGUGUAUCUUAGUUGUUUUUUAUAUGUUAUGUAUUUUUGUAGUUGGAUUUAUGCUAUGGCAUUCGCCAUAUCAGUUUAUUAUUAAAAUCCCAGUAUUGGGAGAGACCGAGAGAGUGAAGAGAAAAAAAUCUAUGUGGUAUACAAGUGUAAAAACUUAUGUUUAAAAAGUAAUAAUAAAUGAACUCUAUAAUCCCUUUGGCAAGAAGCAAGCAGAAUUCUCACUACCUCUAUCCUCCUGACCAUGUCAAAGAAAAGGACAAAGAAAGCUCACAUGAUAAUGUUGGAUCUAGU